CAAUAAUUGUAUACACCAUUAUCUGACUCUAUUAUCCGGGUUCAUCUGCGACCUGACAAAAGUCCAUAUUCGACAUAUCAAGACCAAUGGCGUCUGUCGAAACCUAUACCAUGACACCGGCGCCAAUUCUGGCGGGACCAAUCCAGCCCAAGGAGACAGAAGUCAGCCAUGGAAAGAAAUCGACCUCGUCAACAGGAAAGAUUGCCUUUGACCCUUCCAAGCACCUGUCUCAGACCGCCCCUUCCAAAGUGUACAGCAUGAAAGAGCUCGGCUACUCGGACAGCCGAGGUGUUUCUCCCGUGGGAGUCUCCGAGCCUUUCCCGUUGUUCUCUGCAGAAGCCAUUCAACAGAUGCGAGAAGAGGUUCUCAGCGAUGAAGUUUUCAUGAAGCAUAAGUACUCUAGCGAUCUUGCUCAGUGCCAAUUGCGAGGAUAUGCGGCAGAAUGCGCACCGUUCAUCUAUGACGCCUGGAAGAGCCCGGAGACGCUGGCAAUCAUCUCAAAAAUCGCCGGUGUUGAUCUCGUUCCUGCCAUGGACUUCGAAAUUGGCCACGUCAAUAUCUCCGUUCACAGCGAGCAGGAGAAGAACGAAGCUCUCAAAGCGGUCAUGGAGAAAGCGACUCGCCAAGCAGACGAAGGCGUGGCCGGCUGUCCUUGGGAGGACGAAGACCCGAUCGUUGAUUGGCAUACAGACAGUUAUCCCUUUGUCUGCGUGACUAUGCUUUCCGACUGUACGAACAUGAUUGGUGGCGAGACAGCUUUGAGAAAGGGUGACGGGGAAGUGGUGAAGGUCCGAGGACCACAGAUGGGAUCUGCCGUCAUUCUUCAGGGGCGUUACAUCGAGCAUCAGGCACUCCGUGCUUUGGGAACAACUGAGCGGAUUUCCAUGGUCACCUCUUUCCGGCCUCGCGCUUCAGCCACCAAAGAUGACACCGUACUUACAACAGUACGUCCAAUCUCUAAGCUUGGCGACUUGUACCACCAGUUUGCGGAGUACCGCUUUGAGAUCCUCGAAGAGCGCCUGCGAGAUGCCAACCGAUUCAUGCGUGAUCAGAGACGAGCGACCAGACCUUUCAAUACCCGCCUGUUGAAGCAGUUUAUUCGAGAACAGAUCGCGUUCUUGGAGCACAUGGACAAGGAGAUUGUUGAAGAUGAUAAAGUUAUCAAGGGUGUUACUGAUGAUAGCCACCUGGUAUCGGAAGAUCUCAAGCAGCGGCGUUCCAAAAAGCGAAGCUUUGCUGCUGUGGAGUAGAUCUAAACAGCUACUCAUGUGGAUGAAUGAAGCGGUACUAAAUUG